CUGGGAUCUGUCCGACGCGCUAACCAGUCGGCCACGCUGCCGUAGCGCAUGAGAACCUGCUUGCAGGCUAGCACGGAUGAGUCUAAGAACAGACACUUCUAGUGGGUUCUUACGAGUAAUUGUUGUUCUCUUGUAGCAAGUAGAAAAGUUAAAGGAACAACUGAAACAGAGCAGUCAGCUGAAUAUCAGGCUCAAGAACCAACUGGAUGAAGUGAACGCUUUAAAUAUGCAGACACUAGCGGACAAGGAUGACAUGAUAAGAGACUUGACUCGGCAAAUAGAGGAUCUACAAACACAGUUAGACAACACACAGCAAACAUUCAGCGAGCUCGAAAAAAGACUCACCGACGCCAACACAAAACUAGAAUUCUAUGCUUCAAGUUUAAAUGGCAGUCAUGAUGAGACACUUCUUGAGCGAGAACAGGAAUUGGAGAUGUUAAGACAAGAGCUUGAUGAGCUGCGUCGGCUCCAGUCACGUGAUGAGCGUAUCGGCUCAGAUAUGGCCGCGCAGACUUCACCGUCGAGGGACUGGGCUCGUGCGUCGAGUGAUAAAAUGAAGGACCUGGAGAGGAGAUUUGAAGAGAGUCUUCAAACGACUGAACAGUACAAGAACAUUUUGGACGAGAAAGAGAUGGAACUACAGCAGUUAAAGCUCAGGGAGGCGGCAAGGGCUAAGGAGAAUUCUGAAGCGAAAUCACGUGAAACGGCGGAAAUCCAGAGACUUCGUGACGAGUAUGAAUCGGGUAUAAAAACAAACAGAGAACUCAAAAGGCUUCUGGAAAGCGAACGAGAAAAAGGCCACGAGAGAUCAACAACACCUGAUGGAGUUUUGGAAUUACGACUGCAACUCGACGAAUCCUUACAGAGGAACGACGAGCUUCAACGACAACUGAACGAAAGUGCCCGAUCGGACGAAGAAGUGAUCCGACUCAGGCACGAACUUCAAAAUGCUACUCAGAUAAAUGAUUCGCUGGGAUCGCGAAUACGAGACUUGAACGAAUCUAUUUCCAAGAUGAAGGGUGUGAGAAACGAGGCAGUGAAGCUACAGAAAGAGCUGAAAGACGCACAGCGUUUGAAUAAAACGCUCACUGAUCAGCUCAAAGAGACAAGAAAAUCAGCGGAGGAAAUUGGGCGAGUACAGCGUGAGCUGAGAGAAGCGAAAAUGAUGAAUGAGCAACUCGGCAAACAACUCGCUGAACUUCUUAAUCACUCAGCAAAAAUGAAGAGUCAAAUUGAAAAAUUUCAGCAUGAACUCCAAGAAAAAGACAAAGUGAUCGAGACGUUACAGCUUAGACUACAGUCCAAAGCAGACAUGCACUCAGUAGCACUGUCUCCUUUUUCUUCUCCGUCCAAACGCUUUGUAGAAACACAGACUAGUCCACGCCAGGGACCACGUGCCUCUUCACCAGGAAGCGAGUCUUCCUCUGAAGCCACUGAGAAGCUUCACCAGAUAAACAGGAUGCUGCUGGGCGAGAAUCAGCUACUGAGGAGUAAACUAAAGGACACUGAAAAACUAAACGACACUCUAAGAAACGAGAACGAUAUGUUCUCAAAGAUACAGAGCCAGUCUUCUCAGACGCCAGCGGCAAGUCAGAAGCGGUCUACCAUGGACGAGCUGUUGGCCGGCUUCAUGGCUGAAAUGCGAGAAUUGCGCCUGCGCUUGGAAGAUAGUAUUCGCACUAAUGAUGCAUUGCGGGCGCAGCUGGAGAUGAGGUUGUCGGAGGGGACUGGUGAUAAGAGUGCUGGCAGUGUUCCUGAUGAGAUCAUUCUGAUUCGUGAGAAUGACACUCUGCGGACUGAACUGCUGGAGAAAGAUCGAGCCAACGAGAAACUGAAAAGAAUCAUUAGCGAAUUGAAACAAGAGCAAACCAGAGACAAAGAACAGAUUAACCUUGUCCGCCAACAACUGCUAGAGAGCAGCAAAGUAUCAGAAAACCUCAGAAAAGAGCUGAGUGUAUACGAAAAGCUCUAUAAACUAUCUCUUGAAGGCAGGAACAUGGAAGUACAGACAGAGGGUCAAAGCUACGGCAGUGAAGGACCUCGAAGUCCUAACAGCGAACUGCAACAUGACGCCAUGUCCAUGUUAUUGGCUGAAAUACGAAGCUUACGAGUCCAGCUCGAGAAAAGCAUUCAAACCAACAAUGCAUUGCGAGUUAAACUGGAGGAGCAACUCAGUCACGCACUCAGUUCAUCUUCCCAGUCCCCGCCAAGCAGAUCUCAAGUCACGGUCAUCCGUCAGCUCAACUUCUCAGAGGGGAGGGAUGGGGAUGAUGUUGGUUCUGUCAGCUCUGUGAGAGAUCUGGAAAAUGGUAGAAUACCUUCUGAAGGCCAACAAAUCGUGAAUCAGCUUGAAGAGAAGUUAAACUCGAUCAACAAAUUCGCGACUGAAGCCUACAAUAGCAUUAUAUCAAACGCUCAGACCGAUAGUCUGCCUGAUAUUGAAAAUAUUUUGAGAAUUAGUUUGGAAUGUAAAGCGCUGUUGAACGCGCUUAAUGUCGACUCUUCACCUCGGCAAACACAAAGGGAUUCUGAAGAUGCCAGUGGAGAGAAUGAAAGUCUUAAACUUGAAAUUGGAAAAUUAAGACGUCGUCUUCUUAUCCAAGAAGAUAUCAUUAAACGAGCUUGCGAAAGGCUUGAGAACACAAAUAAAGUCAAGGAGAGCACGCGAGCUGAGGUUAUUGAACAAUUAUCCCAGUCGCACAAAGUUCUCUCAGGCGCCAGGGGAAAGCUAGAGAAUCGAGUUCGUUCAAGAAAGACAAAUAAAUGAAACAG